GGAUACCAAGAUAAAGUGCUGGGAAGAUAGGCAAGCUGAAAGCAAUGGUGUAGAGUAGGACUUCACUGCUACUGAAAUAAACUAAAAUCCUUCUAGUCCAGUUUUGCCUUCUGCUGUUGUCUUUCUGCUAUUCAGGAGUCUUCAGAUUUCUUCCCAGGGCUUGCAUGCUGUGGCACAAAUAUUGCAUCAGGCUGUGGGCCAUGUUCAUGUUUUGAAAUCAAGAUUGAUUAACCAACACAAAAAGACCCAGCUGGUUAUGUGACUUGGAACCCUGUUUAUGAAGCACUCAUUCAUUUUUAGAAGACGACAGCACUGUCCAGAGGAAGAAAUGACCAUGUAGAUUCUACAGCUUGAGUGCAGCAUAAUGGGAAAUGGUGAAUGGAGUGGAGCUGGUCUGCAGCCUUGAAAGCAGCCAUUCUGCGGACCACUAGUCAGUCAGGGACACCUUGCACACCAGAGGCAUCCUCCACGUCGCUCGCUGGACACACACUGGAUUCUUUUUAAUUUCUUAGGUUGGAAUUCAAGAUUCCUUUCCUUCAAUUUUUAAACGGUUUUAAGAUUGUAUCAACUAUAACGAGUGGAGCAAUAUAAUUGACAACAAUGGGUGACAUGACAAAUAGCGAUUUUUAUUCCAAGAACCAAAGAAAUGAGGCCAACCAUGCAGGAGAGUUUGGGUGCACACUGCAAGAAUUGCGCUCCCUCAUGGAACUUCGAGGAACAGAAGCAGUAGUAAAAAUUAAAGAGACAUAUGGGGAAACAGAGGGGCUCUGCAGACAUCUGAAGACAUCACCAACAGAAGGAUUAGCUGGCACUGCUGCAGACCUAGAAAAAAGAAAGCUUAUUUUUGGAAAAAAUUUUAUACCUCCAAAGAAGCCAAAAACAUUCUUACAGCUAGUCUGGGAAGCGUUGCAGGAUGUGACUCUUAUAAUCUUGGAAAUUGCAGCCAUCAUAUCUUUGGGGCUUUCGUUUUAUCAGCCACCUGGAGAAGGGAAUGAAGGGUGUGGUACUGCAACAGGAGGAGCUGAAGAUGAAGGUGAGGCUGAAGCUGGCUGGAUCGAAGGUGCUGCCAUCCUACUCUCUGUUAUCUGUGUUGUACUUGUCACUGCCUUCAAUGACUGGAGCAAGGAGAAGCAGUUUCGUGGGCUUCAAAGUCGUAUUGAGCAGGAACAGAAAUUUACUGUUGUCCGGGGUGGACAGGUUAUCCAAAUCCCAGUGGCAGAGAUAGUAGUUGGUGACAUUGCACAGGUGAAAUAUGGUGAUCUUCUACCUGCCGAUGGGAUAUUUAUUCAAGGAAACGAUCUUAAAAUUGAUGAAAGCUCUUUAACUGGAGAGUCAGACCAAGUCCGCAAAUCUGUUGACAAAGACCCAAUGCUACUGUCAGGUACUCAUGUCAUGGAAGGCUCUGGACGAAUGCUUGUAACUGCUGUGGGUGUGAAUUCCCAGACGGGCAUCAUCUUUACUCUCCUAGGCGCUGGAGGAGAAGAAGAAGAAAAGAAAGAUAAGAAAGGUGUGAAACAGGAGGAUGGACAUCAGCUUCCAGAUUCUUCCCAUCCCUCCUCCCACCCUCCUUCAGCUACAGAUGGUGCAACAGGUGCAAAUGCCACUGAUAAUGCAAAUGCCAGCUUAGUCAAUGGCAAAAUGCAGGAUGGGAAUAUGGAGAACAGCCAGAACAAAGCCAAGCAGCAGGAUGGGGCUGCUGCCAUGGAGAUGCAGCCACUGAAGAGCGCAGAAGGGGGAGAGGGAGAUGACAAAGACAAGAAGAAAUCCAACAUGCACAAGAAAGAAAAAUCUGUUCUUCAGGGAAAGCUGACCAAGCUGGCAGUCCAGAUAGGCAAAGCAGGUUUGGUGAUGUCUGCCAUCACUGUAAUAAUUUUGGUACUAUAUUUUGCCAUUGACACAUUUGUGGUCAACAAGAAACAGUGGUUGCCUGAGUGCACUCCUGUCUAUGUUCAGUAUUUUGUUAAAUUCUUCAUUAUUGGUGUUACUGUACUUGUGGUUGCUGUUCCUGAGGGACUUCCACUUGCUGUCACUAUUUCUCUGGCUUACUCUGUAAAGAAAAUGAUGAAGGAUAACAAUCUGGUCCGCCACUUAGAUGCUUGUGAAACUAUGGGUAAUGCUACAGCCAUCUGCUCUGACAAAACAGGGACAUUAACAACCAACCGGAUGACGGUUGUCCAAGCCUAUGUUGGUGAUGUCCACUACAAAGAGAUCCCUGACCCAGAUUCUGUACCUGCCAAAACCCUUGAUUUGCUGGUUAAUGCAAUUGCUAUCAACAGUGCUUACACUACAAAAAUUCUGCCACCAGAAAAAGAGGGUGGCCUGCCUCGCCAGGUAGGCAAUAAGACGGAGUGUGGCCUCUUGGGAUUUGUCCUGGAUUUGAAGCAGGAUUAUGAGCCUGUUCGGAACCUCAUCCCCGAGGAGAAACUCUAUAAAGUUUACACGUUCAACUCUGUCAGAAAGUCAAUGAGUACUGUCAUUAAAAUGCCAGAUGGUAGUUUCCGAAUGUACAGCAAAGGAGCUUCUGAGAUUGUUCUGAAGAAGGUCCCAGAAGCCAUAAGAAAGUGCCAGCGAGCUGGAAUUACAGUCCGUAUGGUCACUGGAGACAACAUCAACACAGCACGUGCCAUUGCCAUAAAAUGUGGGAUCAUUCACCCGGGAGAAGACUUUCUCUGUCUUGAAGGGAAAGAGUUUAACAGAAGGAUCCGAAACGAGAAGGGAGAGAUUGAGCAAGAGCGGAUUGACAAAAUCUGGCCAAAGCUUCGAGUGCUUGCUCGCUCAUCUCCCACGGACAAACACACUUUGGUAAAAGGUAUUAUUGACAGCACGCAGGUGGAACAGAGGCAGGUUGUAGCUGUGACCGGUGAUGGAACCAACGAUGGACCAGCACUUAAAAAAGCUGAUGUUGGCUUUGCAAUGGGUAUUGCUGGAACAGAUGUUGCAAAGGAAGCCUCCGAUAUCAUCCUAACAGAUGACAAUUUCAGUAGCAUUGUGAAGGCUGUAAUGUGGGGGCGUAAUGUCUAUGAUAGCAUCUCCAAGUUCCUGCAGUUCCAGCUCACUGUUAACAUAGUGGCUGUGAUUGUGGCUUUCACCGGAGCAUGCAUUACCCAGGACUCUCCUCUAAAAGCUGUACAGAUGUUGUGGGUCAAUCUAAUUAUGGACACCUUUGCCUCUCUUGCUUUGGCUACCGAACCUCCAACAGAGGCUCUAUUGCUAAGAAAGCCAUAUGGCAGGAACAAACCCCUUAUAUCCCGCACCAUGAUGAAGAACAUUCUGGGCCACGCUGUUUAUCAGCUUACUCUCAUAUUUACUCUUCUUUUUGUCGGUGAGAAAAUGUUUAAGAUUGACAGUGGGAGGAAUGCACCACUUCACUCUCCUCCUUCAGAGCAUUACACCAUUAUCUUCAACACCUUUGUCAUGAUGCAGCUUUUCAAUGAAAUCAAUGCACGGAAAAUCCAUGGCGAAAGAAACGUCUUUGAUGGCAUCUUCAGAAAUCCUAUUUUUUGCACUAUUGUACUGGGUACAUUUGCUAUUCAGAUAGUAAUUGUCCAGUUCGGAGGAAAACCAUUUAGUUGUUCUCCCCUGCAGCUUGACCAGUGGAUGUGGUGUGUAUUUAUUGGAUUAGGAGAACUUGUGUGGGGUCAGGUCAUUGCAACCAUCCCAACAAGUAGGCUAAAGUUUUUAAAGGAAGCAGGGCGGCUCACUGAGAAGGAGGAGGUCCCUGAAGAGGAACUCAAUGAAGAUGUUGAAGAAAUUGAUCAUGCAGAGAGAGAACUUCGACGUGGACAAAUUCUCUGGUUCAGAGGGCUCAACAGAAUCCAAACCCAGAUCGAAGUAGUCAAUACUUUCAAGAGUGGCACUUCCUUUCAGGGGGCUCUAAGGAGACAGUCCUCCGUCACAAGCCAGACCCAGGAUAUCCGCGUCGUGAAGGCAUUCCGUAGCUCUCUCUAUGAAGGUUUAGAAAAACCAGAAUCUAGAACCUCUAUUCACAACUUUAUGACUCAUCCUGAAUUUAGGAUAGAAGAUUCCCAGCCCCACAUCCCACUCAUUGAUGACACAGACCUAGAAGAAGAUCCUGCUCUCAAGAAAAACUCGAGUCCACCGUCUUCGCUGAACAAGAACAACAGUGCUAUCGACAGUGGAAUAAAUCUUACAACUGAUACAAGUAAAUCAGCUACCUCUUCUAGUCCAGGAAGCCCAAUACAUAGCCUGGAGACAUCACUUUAGCUGAAAAGGUCACUGCAAAAAAAAUAAAUAAAUAAAAUAAGAAACCCCACAGCAACCGAAAUAUAUAAAUAUAUAUAUUAAAAACAUUGCUGGCUGAAAAGCUGUUUGAACUCUUAUUCACUCUGAGACAAGUGAAUGAAUCGUUUAUCACAAUGGUUUUGGGGAAAGAAUGAAUGGCUGAUUUACAUACUCCCCCCUUUGUUCCCUUUCAGAAAAACAAACAAAAAAAAAAUCCUGCAUGAAUGUACUGUACACUUCUGGCCCUUCUUUCUCUCUUUUUGUUUCUUUUUAUUUCCUUUUUUUUUUUUUCCUCCUUAAGCAGGAACUGCAGAGGACUUCUUUCUGAGGCUAUUUAUCCAAUUCACUGGUCUGUGAGUUUUUUGAAAUGCUUGUGUGGCAUGGACUCAAUUGUAUAGAUUAAUUUAAAUAACUUUUUUGAAGUUGCAAAGCUUAACUUGCACAGUAGAUUUGCACCAGUUGGACAGAGGAACUUAAACAUUUAUGAGACUAUAUAUAGAGAUAUAUACAUAUAAGUAUAUACAUAAUUAAUUAUAUAUAUGUAUAUAUCUAUCUAUAUAUAUAUAGUUAUAUAUAUAUAAAGUUUCUUUGUUGGCAUGUUGCCUUGUUUCUGCUCAAAUUGCUCUGACUAUUUUAACUUAUUUAUGUCCUAAAAAAAGAAUGUAAUUUGUUUACAAACCUGUAGAUAAUAUCCUUAACUAUUUGUAGGGUUAAGAAAGCACCUCCUGCCGAAGUAGUAUAAAAAUGGCUCAGCUCAGCUCAUUGAAAACGUCUGUAAUAUCGCACCCUGGAUAUUUUAUUACAACCGUGUUCUGAUUUCUGCCUGAUUUUUUUUUUUUUUUUUUUUUUUUUUUUGUUAAAUAAUGUAGAUACUGCUAGUAAGUAACAAAAGAAGCCAAAAUAUAACACAUUGGAUGUAGCAUUGUGAUCCUAUAUACAGGGAGGUAAAACAGGCUUCCUUUGUUUCAAAUAAAAAUCAAAACGAUCAGGUUCUCUCUUUUUUUUUUUUCUCUCUCUGAUAAUCUGCUUGAACUUGUUUUGGUGCAACAUACAAUAACGGAGGCUAUUUCAUUCUUUAAACAUAUGGCAAUGGCUUCCAAAAAUAUUUUUAGAGACAUAUUAUAUGAAACUGAGUUGAGUUUAUAAAUAUAAUUUAAAAUAAGUUAUAUUUGGUUUGUCUAUAUGGAGAUAAAGCUAAUGUUAAAAUAUUGUGAUAUAUUGUGUUAAUCCUUUUCAGUUAGUAAUUUAGGCAUUUAUUUCCUUAUUACUUGCAAAGUAUGGGCUGUUGGCAUUUUGGAUGAAAAUCACUGUAGGUUGUUGCUUUGAUUUUUUUUUUUUAAUGAAAAAUAUAAUUUCUGCACUAUUAGGUCUGAAUGAAACAUUAUUGUAUACUGAAAUGUGCUUUGUGUGAUUUUUUUUUUUUUUAACCAAGCUUGUCUUCCUGUAGUCACAAGGUAUACUGUAACACAGUAAUACAUUAUUUUACCUUGAGCUUUCUACAAAGAAAGCUAUUUUGAAAACCUGCAGUAUAGAGGGUGAAAAAUAUUUUUCAAGAUGGUAACAGCCCUGAUAACUUAAAAUUUAUGAGCUUAUAUAAUUGCUUUGUCAACCACUUGAAUGCUAAGCACUUUGUGGAUCACAGAUUUUUCAUAAAUAAUUUUUGUAUUUAAUAUAAAGUUUGCUUGGAGACUUUUCAGCAUAUGAUCUUUUCCAUAAUUGUACAGUGCAAAAGACAUUUUGAAUUACACAAUUGAUUAUGCCAGAUGUGUUGAAAAACACUCUCAAACUAGCUUGAUAAAUUGAUUUGUUAAGGUGUUACUGGUUGUCUUAAAGUUGGCUCAUAAAGUGGUGCAUCUCUGCAGUCACGAGAACUAAACCAAGCCAGAACUCUCCAAAACAAGAUUAGACUCAUGGCCAAACUGCAGACUAAACUGACUAAAAUGUUUUCAGGGUGCAUCAAGACUAUUCAGCCAGGUAAAGCUCUAAUCAGCUUGAAUUGCCAGCUUCCGGACUUUUGUGUAGAAGCUUGAAUGUUUUUGGCUUAAAGUCUUAGUUCACCAUCUGAUCCAAACUUUUCACUGAACAACAGAACAGGUCUUUGAAGGCAUAGACAACUCUCUUUUCAACAAAUAGCGACCCGUUUCUUAACAGUAAAAAGCUAGCAUGAAAACAUAAUUACUUUAGCUAACUCCUAGCAACAAAGUGAUUGAAACUCAGUCAGGAUUGUUCUUUGCUUUGUAAAUAUGGUGAUUAACAUUUGUAUAACAUGUAUUGGGUUUCUAUGGCCUAUUUGGGAUAUCAUAUUCAGAAGAAAAAAAGUGUUAUCUAUUUACAGGGAAGCCUCUAGCUUUGGACUUGAACAUCUACAGAAGCUAUUAAUACUGGAACAAUUUAUUUUCAGCAUCUUAACACUGACUGUUUGCCUUUUUAUUUUUCAAGCACUCUUCAUAUUUUUUCUUGGUUUCAUUUUUUUAAAAUUUUCCUGUAGGAGUACCCCUCCCUAAGGUACCAUUUGCAGACUUGAAAACUGUUAAGAAAAUGAACACUGCAUUCUGUGUAUAUAUAGUAAAACAUAUAAACUGAGAUGCAUAGAAAACUUGGGCUUUUGUGAGCAGAGACUGUGCUUUAUGUAUAUGAUAGACUUUUUUUUUUUUUUUUUUUUUUAAAAGCAGAAUAGCUAUGACCUUUCAACUACAAGUCGUGCAUCACAAUUCCUUUCUUUUAUUGCUUGACCUCUCUGUGAUGGGAACAAUGGAUCAAAAACCAAAAUGAUCAGUUUGUUAAAAUUCCCUGCAAUAUAUAAAUGCUCGCUCUCUACGUACUGUACUUAGCAGCAUGAGAUUUGUGGACAACAAUACAGUGGUACAUUGGCAAUCCAUCCCACUAGGGGUUAUUAAUAUAUGUUCAUUCAUCUGUUUUUAUGAAUUUUUUUAUCUAGACAAUAAUUGUAAAUAAAGAACUUACUCUGUCUGUUCAUUUAAUACUAUGCAAAAGGUUAUGCUUUCUAUUGUUAUUCUUAUUCCUACAGUGUGAUGCUGGAAUGUUUGUGGUUUCAAAAAAAAAAAAAAAAAAAAAAUAAAAAAAAAAAAAAAAAAAAGACAAAAGUAAGUAAAAUAUGUGAUGUAAAUUAUUUUAUAGUUUGAAACAAAAUGAUAAAGUUUUACUCUUGCUGCUUUCUGUCUAAUAGAUCUCUCUUGGCAGGAGCACAAGUGGAAAAUUUAAAGAAAUAAAUUCACAAAGCAGCAUGAA